ACGAGCCAAGACAAAGCACAAACCUGCUAGGGGCGAGUCUUGUGUUUGAACCCGACGCUGUCCGGCGUUUGUCAUUGUUUGAUUGACGACAGCUCAGUGCGCCGUGCUCGUGAGAUACUCCAUCGGUUGAUCAGAUAUCGGACUAUCAGUACAACCGGUACAGCACGCGCACGCGCAGCUGUAGCGAAAAAGCGGGCGUGAUAUCGGACAACCAUGCCGUUUUGCUGGGUGCCUGGCAGCUUCAAGAGCUUCCUUCCGACAAUUAAGCGAAGCGCGUUGGUUUAAUUGCCUCCCGUGGACACUGUGGCACCGAAGAACUUUCAGGUACUGGCAUGGACGGCGCUUUAAGGUCUCUACAACAAAGAAUGGCAGCGGGUAACCAGAGCCGUUACCCUUGGCGGUGGAGCCUGGAACGCCUGCUACGUGGCCUCAGCACCGAGCGGGCCUGCUCGGCCGACGCCGUCACAGAAUGCUGGCUCAUCGAACAGAUAGCCGCGUGGAAUCGGGCCCUGAGACCGGCGAGACUUGUUUUGACUGAGUUUGUGCCCGGGAAACUAUGCCUGCGUUCCUACGACGACCGGGACGGAUUUGGCGCGAUGCACCGUGGCGGCAGUGGCAACGAAAAUGAUGGUGCUUUCCUUAUGGCCUGGCUUCCCAGGCAGCAUUUCUGCAUCCAAGAAGUACGAGUGCAUGACCGAAUGCACUUAGAGCGGCUCUCCUUCGUAGCUUCUUUCAUCGUUGGGCCCGCCCCCAAUCUGCACCGUGUGGUGAUGCGACCCCGCUACAGACAGGAGCCCGAAAGCGCGUUCCUCGAAGUAUUUGGCCCGCCGCAGUGCCUCCGAGUCCUCAGCAUCUCGAACAUUCACAUUACGGGCUCUAUCGCCCCCAAGGUGGCCGAAGUUCUGCGCGCAAACGCCCCCACCCUGCAUACUGUCACGCUCGUCGGAAACCAGCUCUCUCCGGAAGCCGCCUGCACCUUGCUGCUCGCACUUGUCGCCUGCGAGCAGCUCAGAGACUUGAGCCUUCAAGAUAGCAUGGACUCGUCUGCCUGCGACGCCAUGGCGGAGUUAUUCCGGAGCAACAGGGCACUUCAGAAGCUCACGUUGGUGGGACUCGGCAAGGCUGGCAUGUCCUGCAAACACUUAAACCGCUUCGUACGACGCGGACUCUGCACGUGUUGUCUGAAAGACAUGUUCUCUGCGUUGGGGAGCGUUCUGGGCUUUCAGCACUUGACAGUGGUAUCGACUCAUAUCAAAGGCCUGAUGGGAGCUUCUCUGGCACGGUUUCUCCAAGAACAUCACUCGAUCGUCACAUUGUCCCUAGAAGGCUGUACAGUUGACGCCGAAGGUGCUAUGCAGAUUGCCAAAGCGCUGUCUGCCAACUGCUCAUUGCAGCAUCUGCGCAUGCCGGACUGUGCUUUCGAAGGCGAUGUUGUCACCAAGUUAUGUUCGGCAAUGGCUACCAACAAAAACCUUAAGAAACUUGUGCUGCCGGAGUUCUUCACUUCAUCAUAUACUGUAGAUGACGGAGCCCCUACACUCGACCUGCUGAAGCGCGUGUGUGCUGGUCGGGUCGACUUCCCCCUUACUGUGCCUGUGCCAUCAUUUGUAUCACCUGCCCUGGCCGAAGGCCUUUCGUGUGCUUCUAAGCUGAAGAUAUGCCACUGGGGACCUGUGAGCGAUGUAGUUUUCGCCAUGUAUGCCUCAAUCUCCCUGAAUUCUUCUCUGCAAUGCCUCCACGUUGACUACAUGGGGGGUGCUGACACCUGUGCUGAAUCAGAGUCCCUCCUCAAUGCCUUGUGCGUUGCCCUCACAGCUUGCGGACGCUUCCACACCUUCCAUCUCAACAUGCACAGGUCCUUCGACUUUGAGGAGGCGAUGCCAUUUUCAGAAAUCUUCACUGCCCUAGCGUGCAAUCCACGCCUCAGGAAGCUUUCGCUGACUGUCCCACGACUGGACCAAAAGGCUGCACAGUUGCUGGCCUUAUUUGUGCCACAGUGCAAGAGGAGCUUGGUCGAGCUUCGUAUCAAGAGCUGCGAUGCCAUUCCACAAGCUACCCUUGUUACAGUUCUUGCUAUGGUGGCGAAGAACACGUUCCUGUCAAAGCUUUCGCUCAGAUGCACUGCCUGGGAUGACGUGGUGCGAUCCAAUGCACUCUUGGACGAUGCCUUGGAGCGCAACGUGGGCGUCCUCAACAAGGCAGCACGCUAUGUAAUGGCCGUGGGCAGUGCAGGAGGGCCGGGAGCCCUGCCCAACGAGCGUGGUUGCGCUGCUGCUUUCGACGAGCUGUGGAACACUGCAGCGCUGUCGGAGCAUCUGGUGUCGCUGUCUGGAAAGCUUGAAUACGAAGUCUUGCAAGCCAUCACUAAGGCCAGGUGCUACCUGCAGGAUAAUUUCAUGGUCUAUGCAGGCGUAGUGCGGGCAUCGGUUGUUUGUGACACCACUGACGGGAGCAUGCAGCUAGAUGCAUUAAACCCUGAUUGCUGGCGCGCCGUUGUUCAAUACCUCAAGCUCAGCGAUGUCAAAGCAUCUGUUCGCUAAGCUAAGAGGCCAUCUUUGUAUGGCGCAGCGGGGCAAGCAUAACAUUACAAGAUUCCUGCUGCUAGAAAAAGAAACAAAAGUACACAUGUUUUCUCUUUUUUGAAGCAAGUACAUAUCACUAUGACAAUGAGGGCUGGUUCAAGGCAAUCACUAUUACAAAUCUGGUUUGGAAAGCAAGCGCAUAUCAUAUUUUGAAAGUGUGUUUGUCAAUAUCAGAUGUAUUCAAAAGCCGCAGCAUUUCGUGGUGUUCGCGGCCUGUCGGUGAAUGCUUGCUAUACUGUGUUUAGUUAAUCCUGUUAGCUUUACAUGUUUGAUGCUAUAGUCUGUAUGCUCGUGAGUAUAGUGUGCUAAGACUUCAAGCAGCAUGAUGUGUAAAACUGGCAGGGCAAACUGAGCUGGCAUAGCUGCAGUUUAUCUCGGUGGAGCACUUUUGCAAGCCAGGUGCCAUGCAGAAAAGCCUUGCACACUUGGGGAAUAUUUUAAGAUAUGGCCCUAUCGCUUUGCAUGUACAAGCAGUUUGAAUGGCGCAGCAGUGCAUCUGGCGACUUCCUACAAGUCUACAUUGCACGUUGCAGCUUCCUACUACAGUGAGAAGACUGUUGCAGAAAUUUGUGGGUAGUUCGAAAGGUCUCGUUUGUUCAAAGAAAACUUAGGUUUAGCAGGGGCACUCUUUUUCUUUUUUAGUUGGAAAGUGCCCAUUAUUUUAAUGCAUUCUGAAUAGUGGUGUACCGAUGUUCAAAAAAAAAAUUUGAGAAAGUUUUCACCAUGUGAUCUCAUCGCUGUCUGGUGCUUCUGCAAGAUUUUGUCAUGUGUACUUUGAAUCUGUAUUUAUACCCGGUAUCAGCAUAUAUUAUGGAGAUAAGCGCCAUGCUAAGUAUGCUCAAAUGAAUUGAAUAGUCGGCUGUGGGAAAGUUUUUCAUUGCUUAGCAUCAUUAAUGCGUUGUGUAAAAAGAUUUCACUGAUAGCAUACAAGCGCUGCGCUUUUUUAAAAGCCUUGCACAUGGCAUGCCCUGAGACUCUCGUUGUUUGAAACAGAAGUACUGGUAAAAUGAACUUGUAUAGCCCUACCAAUGGAGAGAUCGCUUAUUGUAUUGGCAAAAACAAAGCCUGUUUUUCUCAUUAAACACUGAUUUAUAUUUUUAUUUAUUUACAAAGGUCAGUAAAAAUGACUGUAGUUGCCCCCAAAGGGCAAAAAAGGCAAAGGUGCAUAGGUUCCAAGCUUGUGACCUUUCACUGGUUUACAUGGUUAAUGGAGUCCACAUUUGGUCAAAAUGCAGCACACCCUUUUUAUUGGCACUUUUUUCUAACUUAGAAUGGCUUCGUUUGUACUUGGCAGACAGUAAGAGUUGUCAGCUUAUGGACUAGCAGCGCCUACCAGCAAACUGGAGAAGUACCAGGAGCUCCUGGCUCGCAAGGCAGUAAAGGGACUUCACUUAAUGAGUUUUCUAAAGACGUACUCUACCUGUUUUUUACAAACAAAACUGUUUAAAAUGUCGAAAAUGGAGGUGGUUAAUUGCAGUUUCACUCAUUCCUGUGAAAGCACGGAGGGCUGUUGGCAUCAUGCCAGAAGCGCUGUUGACUUUUGCUUACCAAAAUUGCUAGGGCAGGAACUCGUAACUUCUUUUAAUAGCUUCUCGGGUCGAAAAAUUCUGCUUACAUUAUAUUCAUAUCUUCUAGGAAUCGGCUGUUGCAGGUUUAACCAUUACCGAGAAGGAGCUUUUUGUUCGACUCAUCGACGAUAACGAUAGUGCGUAAUACAAAUUCUGAGCGCAGCUUUAUGUUGAGGCAAUACCAACUGUAUUCUAAGUUUUGGCUUUUGGCAGGUCUAGCAAUGAAACAUUUGUUCCAUGCUGCUUCAGAAACCGCCAGUACUCGAGCUCUGAGCACACAACUUCGUGCAUUACAGUCGUUGCUAACCAAGCGAAAUGCUGACAGCCGCUCUACAGCAAGUGAAGUAACCAGCAGCGCACGUGCCCCCUCUGCAUGCGUACAAGCUCCAACCAGAGGGCUUGUAACUCGAGGUUGGAGGCCAGUGGCUUGCGAUACCGAGCGACUCCAUGUCCGCAUUUUUAUCCCCAUUCACUCUAUUGUUUAAUCUAUGCCAGUAGUGACACUGGUCUACACAGGAAGGAGUGCCCAAGAGCUGUGCUCCAAAACAUUAAAGAGAAUAGCCUGGUCAUUUUCGUGCAGAAUGCGGCAUUGAUCAGCAUAAAGCAAGUCCUGCUAUGGAUUAGUUGCAAAAGUAAUGCUCAAUACUGCUCUAAAAGGGCUUGUCACCAAGAUCUUUGCAAAAAUGUCAAAUGGUAGUUCUACUACUGGAUAGGUUGUUACAAGGUUUACUUGUUCUGACCUCAAUAACUUCAGUACUGUUCUGCCCAAGUUCAGUCAACCUGAGGCAUGAUUCAAUUGGACUUCAAGUUUGAUGCGUCAAUAACACUCCCUAUGUAUUACUUCCCUAGUCUUUCAUAAUUUUUCAAGAAUUUCCGAAGGUUCUUGACAGUGCGUUUGAGGUUGAUGCUUUUCACUGACUCCAAGGGUUGUGUGCGAGUUUCAAUUUGUAUGGUCAUGUGCUCGGAGUAACAUGAAAUAGGGGGUAGUCAGAAAUAAGGAGACUUUUGAAGUAGAAAAUGACUUGUGUGGAAUACAAACCAUUUUUUUUUUCAUAAACCAAGCAGCUUCGCUAUGCGUAAAUCAGGCCAAACAGUAAUAUCUAGUUGGUAUGAACAGUUGAGACUUACGAAGAUAUGAGCAUCAUCAUUUGGAGGCUUGUUCUCACUUUUGAGGCGAGUGAAAUUCUGCGAAGAACAUAUUUUGCCCUUAGAAUAACAUACACGUAGUGUAAUUGUGAAGGUACCCAUUGCAAAACCCAGUCUUCGGACAUGUACAUACCGUAUUUACUCGAAUAAUCCUCGCACUUUUUUUGGCGGAAAACCAAUGAAAAGUUGGGGGGUGCGAGAGUUACGAGGGGAAAACUUUCGAAAAGAACGUAGAGAGCAAAAAAGAAAACGAAGUGGCCGCAAAUCGGGAUUCUCACACCAGCAACUAACAGCAAGCUUUGAGAAGUACUAAUUAAAACUUACCUCGACAUUAAAAGCACUGAUUCAACACAAGGCAAGAUUUAUUUAAGACACAAAAAGUCGAGAAUCAGAAUAUCAUACACAGAG